AUGAAUAAUGAUGAUCCACCUGUCCAAGAAUGGAUAGAUGAAUGUAGUAAUAAUAUUAAUAAUAAUAGUAAUAAUGUAAUUGUACCAAUAUAUAAUAAUGGAUAUGAUUAUGGUGAUAAGGACAAACUUCCAUUGGACCGUGUUGUCGAUGACAACUACAAUGACAAACUAUCCUCGGAGCAUGAUCCUUUGAUCAAAAAAGGGAAUAGUGAUGCAUUGGACGCCGGACCGAUCUGGCGCCAGGCAUUCUUCAAGGACAAGGUGAUGAUCAAUGUGUUCUUUGCACUUGGCAUGUGCACCGUGGUCAUGUCCGGACUGAUGCUGCCACUGGUCUUUACCGAGUAUGUCAAGUAUCACCAUCCAACUUAUACCAGCCAGCAGGUCGAGAGUGAGGCUGCCCAUCUAAAGUCCAUCGCCGACUCCCUACCCUACGUCGCCAACUUCCUGCUCUCACCCCUGCUCGGCAUGAUGUCUGAUCGCAUUGGACGCAAGUGGAUCAUGGCACUCAUCCAACUACUGCAGAUCAUUGACAUGCUGAUGAUUGGCCUGGCCAGCUGGAAGAAGGUGAUCAUCCCGCUGUAUAUCAGUCACUCGCUGGCCGGUGUCUCCAACGGAAUGAUCUCCAUCGUGUUCUCCUACCUGGCAGACAUCACGACCAAGGCCGAGCGCGCCACCUGGUUCAUCAUCGUCGGCACAGGCAUGGGCAUAUCACUGGCGGGCAGUCCUCUUAUUGAGAUCCUCUUCCUCAAGUUCUCAUUCAAUGUGGCCGUGUUUGGAAACAUUGGCUUCUUGAUUGCGGGCAUGUUCUGUCUGCUGCCCAUCGUCAACUCACUUCACUACUCUGAGGGUCGACUCAAGCCGGCCAGCGCCAACCUUGUAAAGGCCAACACCAACCCAUUCAGCGCCAUCCUCAUGCUGUUCCGCUCGUCCAAGUACAUCAUCUUUUACGCCCUACUCAAUCUAUCAUUCAACUUCACGCUUCAAGAUACCCUCACCACAUCAUUCUACUACACCCAACUACGCUAUGGCUGGAUUCCCUGGCAGUGUGCCGUUAGCACCAGUCUCAUUGGAGUGGCCGUGUUUGUGUGGAGUGGCAUUGCCAUACCCUUGCUUCUUAGGUGGUUCUCCGAGCGACUAUUGGUAGUUGUGUGCUUCUUCUGUAGUGCGACAUUCCACAUUGCAUACACGUUUGCAUUCGAUCAGUACAUGUGGCAGGUGUCUAUAUGCCUUGGAUCAUUCAGUUUGGUUAUCAUCAAUCUUAUUCAAUCAAUCAUAUCAAAAGCCACCCCACCCGAUAUCCAGGGCACGGUGCUCUCGGGUGUGUCAUCACUGGCGUCGCUGGGCGCUGCGGCUGGAUCCUACUCUUCAGCCAACAUAUUCGCCUACUUUAUCAGUUCAAGCGCACCAUUCUACAUGCCUGGCAUGCAGUUCCUUGUCAAUGCAGUCCUGAUCUACAUCACAUGCAUACUCUCACUGAUUGUGUACAAACGAGUACCUGAGCCCAGACCACGAAGCUCGAUCAUCGAUGCCGAGGAGAAGGUUCCAGUCCUAUCCAUAAAUGCAUAA